CUAUAUAUAUAUUGUUGUGCCAACUGGAAAGACAAAACUAUGGAGACUGUAAAAUGAUCAGUGAUUUCCAGGAUUUGGGGGAUAAGAAUGAGUAGGUGGAACACUGUCUUUUGGGGGGGGGGGCAGUGAAUAUAUUGAUUUGAUACUGAUAGAUUCAUGUAAUCAUACAUUUGCACAAACCCACAGAAGGUACAACAACAAGAAUGAAUUCCAAUGUAAACUAUGAACUUUGAAUGAGAAUGAUGUGUUUCAGGAGGUUAAUGAAUUAUAUGUCCCCUUCUGGUGGGGACUGGUAGCAAUUGAAGCUGUAUAUAUACAUAGGGGAGAGGAUAUGUGGGAAGUCUCUUACCUUCUACUCAGUUUCUGCGAUAAAAAAAUAAGGUUUAUCAAAAAUAAUCAACUGAAAAAAAUAAUACUUUUCUCUCUCACACUCUGUAAACCCUGUUACAAUAACAAAUGGUUUUUGACAUCCUGCAGCCUCUGCCCCCAGUGCCAUCCUGCAACUGCCAAGACCCUGAGAGAGAAGCCCAGAUACCUGGAACCCCCUAUUCCGGAUCUCAGGUCUCCCUGGGGCCCAGGCCAAUCCAGGGGAGCUCUGCAGUUGCUCCCAAUAUUACUGUGGGGGAAAGGAUCUGAGCCCGCCACCACCUCUGAGCAGGCCUCCAGGAACUGAGUGGCCAGGCAAUGGGUGCUAGGCCCUUGUGGCAGCAGCAGCCACCCAUGCAGCCAACAGUGGCCCUGGACUCGCUGCCCUUGGAACUGCUCGUGCAGGUACUGAGCCAUGUGCUGCCGCAUGCCCCGGUGAUGUGCUGCUGCUUGGUGUGCCAGGCCUGGCGCAGUGUGGUGGAUGGACCCUCUGUGUGGUUGCUGCAGCUUGCUCCAGACCACAGUGCUGAGGGCCGCGCGUUCUAUGCCCUAGCCCAGUGCUGCCCACCCCACGGCGAGGACAAGGAGGAGUUCCCACUCUGCGCCCUGGCACGCUUCUGCCUGCACACACCGCUGGGCUGCAACCUCCUCUUCAACUCCUGUGGCGAGGAGUGUUUCAGAGGUUGGGAGGUGGAGCAUGGUGGGAAUGGCUGGGCCAUGGAAAAGAACCUGACACUGGUACCAGGGGCUCCCUUUCAGACCUGCUUUGUGACUUCUUUUAAAUGGGGCUUCAAGAGGCAACUUGUGGACCUGGAUGAAGGAGUAUGGCAGGAGCUGCUGAACAGCGCUCAGAUCGAGAUCUCUGUGGCUGACUGGUGGGGUGCCGGAGAGAACUGUGGCUGCAUCUACCGACUUCGUGUCCACCUCCUGGACACGUACAAAAAUGAAGUGGUCAAGUUCUUCGUCUCACCAAACCCAGUCCUUCAGUGGACUGAGAGGAGCUGCAGACAAGUCUCCCAUGUCUUCACCAACUUCGGCAGGGGGAUCCGCUACAUGUCUUUUGAGCAGUAUGGGAGAGACAUGCACUCCUGGGUGGGGCACCAUGGUACCCUAGUAACCCACUCUAGGUUAGGAUCUGCUUGUUCUAGCCAAGUCUGA